CGAGAGACGGUGCCGCCUGCGGGUGCUGGACAUGACGGGUCUCCAGGAUGAUGACAUCGACCGUGGCCCGGAGGGGAUGAGCCUGUGGUCCGGCACGGUGGCGUUGGCCAAAGCCUGCAUCGAGGUCUCCAAACACCAAAACGAGUGCCUGAAACGCGGCUCCAAGCGGCGUAAAGGUCCCUCUGGUGCCUCAGCAGCUCCGCAACCCAUCGGCGUGGAGGUCCGCACCGAUCUCUUCGUCAACGGCACGUCCUACGGUGUCCUGCGGGAUGCCCUGCAGACCAGCACCGCCGGCCCCUUGCUCCUCAAAUGCCGGGAUUUCCACGCCGAGGAGCUCUCCGUCGCCAGCACCGUGAGUUUGCUGGAGUCCUUGGAGCCCACUGGCGUGCGGCGGGUGGAUCUGCGCUUCAACAACCUGGGGUUGGCUGGUCUCUGCGCGGUUUUGCCUCACCUCACCAGAUUCACCGAUCUCCUCAGCCUCAAGCUGCCCUACAGCAACGUUGACGUGCGGUGGCUCGCAGGGACGUAUGCCGGCCUCCGGCACCUCGCUGCGCAGCUGGGGAGGCUGCCCUGCCUCAAGGAGCUCAACUUGGGUUCCUCCAGGCUUUCGGGGAAACUGAGGCAACUUCUCGGUGACCUGCAGGCUCCCCUGGAAAGCCUGGAACUCGCCUUCUGCUACCUCCUUCCUGGCGACCUCGCCUUCCUUUCCCAAAGUUUCCAUGCUCCGGCGCUGAAGAAGUUGGAUCUCAGCGGCCACGAUUUUUCCGAGAAUCUUUUCCAACCUCUCCGGCAUCUCCUGGAGGAGACCUCGGCCUCUCUCCUCCACCUGGACCUCAUGGAGUGCCGGCUGAAAACGGACGUCCGGCUGGAGGCUCUGCUGCCAGCGCUUUGCCGUUGCUCCCGCCUCCGCUGCCUGGGACUUUUCGGUAACCCCCUCUCCACGCCGGGACUCAAGGCCUUGUUACGGCAAACCGUGGUUCUCCCGGAUUUACGCCUGGUCGUCUACCCUUACCCCGUGGACUGCUACAGCCGGGAGUCGCCCCGGCCACCCUCCGCCUCCGGCCGGCUCUUCGACGACGCGGCGGCUGAGGAACGUUUUGCUGCGGUGAGCGCCGAGCUGUGCCGGAUGCUGGUGAGCUCUGGCAGAGCUGACACUGUCUGGACCGCCAGUCUCUGCCGGCACGGUGCCCUCGACUACUUUGCCUUGUAG